AGGUAGGUAUGUGCGGCCACCGGAAAAAAUAGGCGCCUAAGUCCAAAAUAGUUGGGGGUGGAGUAGCAAUAGAGUUCGUGCAGUGUGAUAACAUUGGCUUUAGAUAAGAAUUAACCUGUGGAAAAAUUUAGCUAGCAGCCAAAACGUAUACUGCAAGUUAAAAUAGUGUCGGUUGUCGUCGACAAGACUGCUAGCGCUGGCUCAGUAUCUUUAGUAGCAUCUCUGUGCCGCUGUUCACAACAACGACCGAGCAGCAUGGAUGCUGAACUUAGCCCUCACAGUCCAGACGGAGACACUGACAUGCCAGACCAGAACCCCAAAAGUCAGAGGAGCCUGAGGAGCCUUCAUUUGCUCGCCACCAGGUUUGUCAAGUUACUACAAGAAGCUGAAGGAGGAGUGCUGGACCUCAAAGAAGCUGUCAGGGUCCUGGCUGUUGGACAGAAAAGGCGAAUCUACGACAUCACAAAUGUGCUGGAGGGCAUUGGUCUGAUCGUGAAAAUAUCAAAGAACAUUGUAAAGUGGAUAGGUCCAACGCCAGGGGACAAUACAGUCCAGUUAACCCUCAGACUGACACAGUUAAAGUCUGAGCUGGAGGACCUGGAGCAGAAGGAAGUUAUGUUGGACCAGCAGAGAGUCUGGGUUGAACAGAGCAUCAGGAACACAACAGAAGACUGCAGCAAUCUGACCUACGUGAAUCAUGAAGAUAUCUGCAACUGCUUCAGCGGUCACACACUCUUGGCAGUACGAGCGCCAUCAGGCACACAGUUAGAUGUUCCCAUUCCCAAAGCUGUCCAGAGCAGCCCAGCAAAGUACCAGAUCUAUCUGAAAAGCAUCAGUGGACCCAUAGAUGUCCUCCUUCUUAACAAAAACUCUGCCAGCUCUGUUCCUGUCGUACUGCCAGUCCCACCGCCUGAAGAAAUGUUACGGAACGCCAAGUUGGCCAUGUCCACUUCAGGUGCAACAGAAAGCAGCACUGCACCUUGUCAGACUUCAGCUGAUACCAGGCAUUGCACUAAAUCAAGACAGACAGCCAUAGAGGACAUGCAGCCUCCUCCUGCGUUGUCAUUUAUAAAACCUGGGCCUAACAGAACCGUUGCACCUAAAUUGAGAGAUUUAUCAAAGGAACUGAAGGAACUACUAGACCCAUCCAAAGAAAUAACGAAUACAGAUAUAAUCACCAAGCUCAUGGCCUCUGAGGUCUUUUCUCCACUUCUCCAUCUAUCGGCGCCACCAUCUGAACAGGACUACUUCUAUAAUCUGGAUGACAGUGAAGGCCUCUGUGACCUCUUUGACGUCCCUGUGCUCAAUGUUUGACAGUGAACUUCUGUGCUAGGACUUCAGAAGUAAAAACAUUUUCUUUGGAAAUGUACAUAGUACUCUGUUUUUAAAUAGUUAUUUGAUUAUAAUAAACAAUUGAUUUCAAA